AUGCCGCCUCGGAUUCUGCAACGCAACGACAAGACGACUGUAUCGAAGCAAGUGCAGUCACUUUUUCAUCAACCCCAACCCCCACCGCCGCAGUUUCUAAACAGAUGUCCAGUACCCAGUGCCAGACGAGAGAUCAAUGGAGUUCGUUGGCGUAAUCAAGUACCCGAAGCAUCUUUCGGAUUAAAAGGAGACGCUCGUGUCGCAGGAACUCCAGUGAGAGCGUUAGUCGACACUGGAGCUACCAUCAACCUUAUCCGGAGCGAUGUUUACAGCAAACUGACAGCUGCACCAGCCCUCCGCACAUGCAAGGGGUCCCUGGAGACAGCGAAUGGACGCGCGGUCAAUGUUGACGGCUGGAAUACAACUAACCUGGAGCUCGGGUCGAUAGACGAUGGUAUCGAAGCAUUAGUGGUUCCUGAGUUAAAGGCAGGGGUGAUCCUUGGUAUGCGAUCACUCAAGGAGUACGAGUGUUCAUUGGACUUCCACUGCUACAACUUAACAGUCACAGACUCUCAAAACCCAGUAGCAGACGUCACGGAAACUCUACCCCAGCAGCCUACCUAUGACCCUGGAGACUUGGUGGAGGGUUGGACAGACGACGAAGAGGAUCGUUUUGACCAUGUGAUCAGUAACGGGGAUGAGGUUGACCUCCAAGCACAAACGGAACGCCACUUGGAAGAAGAUGCUCAGAAGACUUUGGAGUUGGCUGCGCCUGGUGUGACGGGGGCUGAGAGAGAUAGACUACGGGAACUCAUCCGAUCGCACAGGGACGUGUUCGCCCUCACCGUUGCAGAGCUGGGGCAGACGAAUUUAGUGACCCAUCGGGUUGACACAGGGGAUUUGGGCCCCAUCAAAGUUCCCCCUCAUCGAGCUUCUCCGGCGAAGAUGCCAUUUAUCCGAGAGGAGAUGCAGAGCAUGUUGGAUAGAAGAGUAUUUCAGCCGUCCAAAAGUCCCUACAGUGCGCCAAUUGUCCUACAGAAGAAGAAAGACGGGAGCUGGCGGUUUUGUGUGGACUAUAGGAAGUUGAACGAUCCAGUCGGACGAGAGUCACUUUGCUCACCUCCGGGCAACCUUUUAACUCUUGAGAGCAGCCAACUUGAAACUAAAACCGAAGAAAUGCAGGUCACAUAUUUGAGCAACAUUAUUGGAAGCGAGGGGAUCCAAGUCGAUCCCAAAAAGGUAGAGGCAGUCACCAACUGGCCCGUGCCAUCAACAGUGAGAUCUUUCCUAGGCUUCUGCAAUCACUACCGCCGGUUUGUGAGAGACUUUGCCGGUAUAGCAAGUCCCUUGCCCUCACUGACGAAGAAAAAGGUGCCAUUUGUGUGGACAGACGAAUGCCAGGCAGCCUUUGAACGUCUCAAGAGAGAGCUUAUCACAGCCCCCGUAUUGGAGUUUCCCGACUACAAUGGCAAGUUCAUAGUAGAUACCGACGCGAGUAACUUCAGUCUUGGGGCAGUACUUUCUAAUAUUAUCCAGGGGGAAGAACGACCCCCUAGUCUACGCCAGCCGCGUUCUCUCAAAAACCGAGACCAAUUAUUCAACGAAAAAGCGUGA